AUGGACCGGCGACUACACGAGGCUAUAGUGGAAGGAGACUUAUUGUACCUUUCAAAACUAGCCGAUGAAGAUGAGACCAUACUAGAUCAAAAAACAUCCGAUUUAAUAAACGGAGUUUUACACUUGGCUGCUCGAUUCGGUCACGAGGAGAUGGUGGUGGAGGUGGUGAGGCGACGGCCAGAGUUAAAGGGAUCAGAGAACGGUGAAAUGGAGAUUCCUCUUCACGAGGCUUGUCGGGAAGGUAAUAUUGGUAUUGUGAGGAUUUUGCUCGACGAUCAACAUGUGGCUAGAAGUGACAAAUGCGUGUAUAAGGUUAACAAACGAGGAAAAAGCGCGCUUUUUGUGGCAUCCGAGAUGGGGAGAAUUGAAGUCGUGAAGUAUUUGAUUAAGGAAUACCCUAAGAUCUUAAUGAUGGAGUUUGGUUUGAACUUUACUUCACUUCAUGCUGCUGCCACGGCAGGCCACGAUGAUGUGGCUAAAGAAUUUCUAUUUGCUCGACCCGAUCUUGCACUUAAGAAUGAUCCAAACGGUUGCACACCGCUCCACAUAGCAUGUGGCAAAGGUCACAUUGGUAUUGUAAGGGAGUUCCUUCGGUUUGACCAAGACCUAGCAUCAUCAAUGGACCAUGAAGGUCGAACGCCACUCCAUUGGGCUGUUGCAAGAGGUCGAGUAAGUGUAAUCGAUGAAAUAUUGUCCACGAACCUAGAUCUUGCCAACAUUACCACAAGGGAUAAUGGAGAGACGCUCAUACAUGUGGCGGUUAAAAACAACCAGCACGAAGUCCUCAAGUACUUGGUGGAGACUAUUGAUAUCUCUAUCAUGCUCAACUUGCCCGAUAAUAAGGGUAAUACCGUUCUCCACCUCGCUUGUGCAAGAAAAUUAACCUCGAUGGUGAAGUAUCUUCUCAAGUUAAAAGUGGAAGUAAAUGUCCUUAAUCACAAAGGUUAUACAGCUUUAGAUGUGAUUGAAGCAGAUGCUAGCAAUUCAGGUUCUAUUGCAAUUGUGCCAUCUUUGUUAGAAUAUGGAGCCAAAAGAUGUGACCAAUUACUUCCUAUAUUAAGAGAAAUUGAUCAACAAAUACCCGAUCCCGAUCCCGAUCCCGAGCCCGAGUACGGUCCCGAACCCGAACUCAAGCCCGAUCCCGAACCUGAACCCGAACCCGAACAUAACUUAGAAAUAAAUCACUUGUCAUAUAAUUCAUGGAUACAAUCAAGGGUUUCACCAUCCCCACUUCAGCACGAAUCUGACCAUCGUCGGCGUAAGUUAAAGCAAAUCGAGCAUCAUAUGGAGGGUCUAAGAAAUGCGAGAAAUACAAUAACCAUAGUCGCAAUCUUAAUAGCAACCGUAACCUUUUCUGCUGGUAUCAACCCUCCCGGGGGCUUCGACCAGAGGACUGGCAAAGCCAUGAUAGGUAUGAAAAAUUCGUUUCUCAUAUUUACGACAUGCAACACAUUGGCCUUGUUCUUCUCUCUCGGGAUCGUGAACAUCUUAGUGAGCAUUAUUCCUUUUAAGAGAAAGUCGUUGAUGAAACUCUUGAAAAUCAAUCACAAGGCAUUGUGGCUAUCGACGGUUUUCAUGGUAGUAGCCUUCAUAGCCGCCUUGUGGGGUAUAGUGCCUCAUGAUGGGAAACAAAAGUGGGUGGCCGUGGAAAUUGUCAUUAUUGGGGGAGGGUGCACGGGUUUAGUGUUCUUGAUCCUUGGUGCUUUGUUGACAACACAUUGGUAUAGAAAAAAGGAAUGGCGAAAGCGCAUGUACAAGAAGAAAAUUGAAAGCCCCGGCCCUUGCAGCGAUAUUAGUGGUAAGAAGAAAAUUGAAAGCCCCACAUGUAGCAAUACUAGUCGUGUUGAGGAGAUGAAGACGAUUGCGAUGAGGGAUGAAUAUAACGAAUCUACUACUACUACUACUACGAAUUCUGACCUAGAUAGCUCAGAACAAGCAGGGUUCAUAUUAUAUUAG